AUGGCAAGUGACAGAAAUCAUUACGAGCUCAAUCGCCAUACUGACGCUUCACAGAAUGGUACGAAUGGCGUCAACGGAGUCAACGGCGUAACUCCUCGCGGCCGUCUCGCCGGCAAGAACGCUGUCAUCACCGGAGGAGCUGGUGGAAUUGGUUUGGAGACGACCAUUCUUUUCCUUCGCGAAGGUGCUUCGGUGCUCAUGUGCGACAUCUCGGAACCAGCUUUGAAGAGGGCCAUCGCCAUCGCGAAGAAAGCUGCACCUCAUAUGACAGGCAAGGUUGAGACGAUCAAAUGUGAUGUCUCCAAAGAGUCUGACGUCCAGGCUGCUGUCGAGCAUCUAGAUGCUUGGGGUGGUUUGGAUGUCAUGUUCAACAACGCCGGGAUAAUGCAUAGCGACGAUGCAGACGCCAUCGAUACCCCAGAGAAGAUCUGGGACCUCACACAAAACAUCAACGUCAAAGGCGUCUGGUACGGCAGCAAACACGCCGUCCUCGCCCUUCGCAGGCACAACAAGAAAGUCGCGAGCAUAAUCAACACAGCUUCCAUGGUCGCGCUCGUGGGCUCUGCCACACCACAGCUAGCCUACACAGCCUCCAAAGGCGCCGUGCUAGCCAUGACCCGCGAACUCGCCAUCGUGCAUGCACGUGAAGGCUACCGCUUCAAUGCUCUCUGUCCCGCACCUCUCAAUACGCCACUCCUGCAGGACUGGCUGGGCGAUGAUCAGGAGAAGAGGCAUAGGCGCGAGGUGCACUUCCCUAUGGGACGUUUUGGCGAGGCGAUCGAGCAGGCACAGGCUGUGCUUUGGCUUGCUUCGGAUGAGAGCUCUUUCGUCAACGGGACGGAUUUCGUGGUCGACGGUGGGUUGACCAAGGCUUAUGUCACGCCUGAGGGUCCCGCUCCAGCGCCUCCAAACAACCUGGGAAGGUAG